AUGUCUUGUCUCACGGCUGAUGCCGCUGACGCGAUUCGUCACAUGCGUGAGAUGCGCGUCGCGAGUGAGCCGACGCUGCGGCUGAUGGAGCAUCUUUUUAACUGCCCCACCAACAGCGAGAUGCUGCAUUCGCUUCUCGACGGGAAACACCAGGCCGUUGCCGUGACGCUGUUCAAAACGACGCAGGUAGCCCACUCCGCCAAACUCCUUGGCUUCGUCCUGCGCUUUUUUGCGGAUCUCGUGUUGACCUGCAGCGCCUUGGGAGAGCAGCUUGGCGCGCCCUCCGCCGAGGACACUUUUGGGGAUGACCCAGCGAAAUCCUUUUUGUACCUCGUCGUGACCCACCGGGGAGACCUCGGCGUCACAGACCCGGCGUUGUUCCUCGCCGCGACGGCGCUGCGCUACGGCCCGAAGGAGAAGAAUGCGGAGGCUCUGCAACGUUUCUUUGCCCACGUCACCGACGUGCUUUCGGCGGAGACGCUGCAGGUGUCCGCGGUGGCGUUUGCGGUGCAGGGCUGCGCCAUUGUGGCCCGCAACAAGGCGCUUCGUCACAGCUUUUUUGAACAGCACAUGGUGCAGUUCCUUCCGCGUCUUCUCUUUGACGUUGUCGCUAAUGACUCGGCCAGCAUCAUUCAACUUAUUUACGUGACGCUGCUUGUCUCCUGGCUGCUCUCGUACGAGUAUGAGGGUGUGGCGCAGCUGCAGCAGUACCAGAUGAUUCCGCACAUUCAUCGCGUCCUACAGCGUCUGCAGAAGGAAAAAUGUCUCCGGGUGGCGCUGAUGACGCUGUGGAAUAUGGUGGCGGCGGAGCGGCGUUACAUGAACCACAUUUCGAACCCCUCCGCGACGGAGUGGGUAAGCGGCGACAUCUGUGACUUGUGCCGCGUCAACGACGGUAAGGGGCCUGCCUUUAUUGCGGAAAUGGUUGGGGUAGGCAUGAUAAAGACGCUUGCACAACUUUCCCGCCGCAAGUUUGGCGAUGAGGACAUCGGCAUCCUCAUCACUGAACUUAAGCAUGUGCUUGAGCACAGCAUGGAGAAACUCACAAGCUUUUCGGAGUAUCGGGGCGAGGUGCUUAGCGGGGAGCUGGAGUGGUCGCCGGUGCACACCAGCGUCAAGUUUUGGAAGGAAAACGCCAUGCAGUUUGAGAACAAUGAAUACGAGGUGCUGGCGGCGCUGGGAAAGAUCAUUAUGACGACCCACCAGGAUCUAACCCUCGCCGUGGCCUGCUACGACCUCGGAGAGGUCGUCCGCCACCACCCGACCGGAAAGGCGCUGCUGCUUCUCCCCUGCAUGGAGGGUGUCAAGGGCCGCGUCAUGUCACUGAUGUCGCACGCGAACGCAGAGGUGGCCAAAAACGCCCUCCUCGCGGUGCAGAAGAUCAUGGUGCAGCGGUGGGAGUACAUCCAGGAGGAGAAGCAGAAGUAG